AUGCCAGGUAUACAGGGAAGUCAAUCGCAGCAGGCUGGUGGAUUACAGUUGCUGAGCAUUGUUUUCGUCAGACUGUUUGGUCAGCAAUGUUUUCUUUGGCGGGCGGAUUUCUCCAGCAGAACCAACGGUUGGCGAUACUUAGUAGUUUCUCUCUCUCUCUCUCUCUCUCUCUCUCUCUCUGAACGUCUAAAUGCAGGAAGGAAUAGAAAUGUUCUGUCAAGAACUACGCUUGGAAAAUCACUAUCUAUCUAUCUGCCUGUCUCAUUUUCAUUAUCUCUCUCUCUUUCUAUCUCUAUUUAUCUAUCACAAUCUCUUCAUUAUCUAUCUAUCUAUCUAUCUAUCUAUCUAUGUCUGUUCUUAUCUAUUCUAUUUAUUUAUCCAUCUAUCUCAUUCUCUUCAUUAUCUAUCUAUCUAUCUAUCUAUCUAUCUAUCUAUCUAUCUAUCUAUCUAUCUAUCUAUCUAAUUCACUUCAUUAUCUAUCUUUCUAUAUCUCUAUUUAUCUAUCUCAUCCUCUUCAUUAUCUCUCUUUCUUUCUCUAUUUCUCACAUCCACUUCAUUAUCUAUCCAUCAACCUACCUAUCUAUUUAUCUAUCCAGCUAUCUCAUUCUCUUCAUUAUCUCUCUCUCUCUCUCUCUCUCUCUUUCUAUCUCUCUAUUUAUCUAUCUAUCAAAUUCUCUUCAUUAUCUCUCUAUUUAUCUACUACAUACUCUUCGUUAUCUAUAUCUGUUCUUAUCUGGGGCGACUUUUUUUUCUUUCUUUCUUUCUUUCUUUCUUUCUUUCUUUUCUUUCUUUCUUUUCCAACUUCUCACAAUCUAUUUCUUUCUUUCUUUCUUUCCUUCUUUCUUUCUUUUCCAACUUCUCACAAUCUAUUUCUUUCUUUCUUUCUUUCUUUCUUUCUUUCUUUCUUUCUUUCUUUCUUUCUUUUCCAACUUCUCAAAAUCUAUUUCUUUCUUUCUUUCUUUCUUUCUUUCUUUUCCAACUUCUCACAAUCUAUUUCUUUCUUUCUUUCUUUCUUUCUUUCUUUCUUUCUUUCUUUCUUUCUUUCUUUCUUUCUUUCUUUCUAUUCUUUCUUUCUUUCUUUUCCAACUUCUCACAAUCUAUUUCUUUCUAUCUUUCUUUCUUUCUUUCUUUCUUUCUUUCUUUUCUAUUUCUUUCUUCCACUAUCUUUCUCACUCUUUUUUCUUUUUUAACAUACUCUUUACUCUUUCUUUCUUUUUUUUUCAUUUGAAAGAAUGCCUUUCGAGUUUUGUCUUUUUACACCCUCUUUACUCAUAUACUGAUCACAUACUUCUAUUUUUUUUUACUUCCUUUCAAAGGUUUUCCCAUCUUUUUGGAGUUUUUUCCAUUACUUUUUUUCCCUUUUCUUUUUACUUUCCCAUUAUUUUAUCCAAUUUAAAAUUCCUGGACUACUUAUUGUUUUUCUUUUCAUUUCUUUUUCCUUUUCUCUUCUUUCUUUUGUUUACUUCUCGACCUUUCUCUCUUUUUUUUUUGUUGGUUAAAAAGAUUUCUUUUUUUUUCUUUCUGCCUUCUCUUUCUUUAUCUCUUUAUUUUUUGCCUUCUUUCUUUCGAAGCUUGUUCUCUUUUAUUCCUAUUUUCUAUUUUAUUUACUCUUUCUUUCUUUCUUUCUUUUUUCCUUUCUUUAUUUCUUUUUUCUUUCUUCCUUUCUUUCAGAAUUUUUCAUUUCUCUUCUAUUUCUUAUUCAUUCUUUCUUUUUUUUCUUCCUUUUUUUGUCACUCUAAUUCUUUCUUCUUAAUUUUCUUUUUUCUCUUUUAUUUCAUUUAUACUUUCUUUUUUGAUUUCUUCUUCUUUUUCCCCCUUGCUUCAUUCUUUAUAAUUUCCAAUAAGAAAUUCGUUCAUUGUUUCCUCGUUUUCCUUCUCUCAUUUUCAUCUUUUCUUCACUUGUGUUUUCUUUUCUUUUUUUUUCUUUUUUUCUACCUCCCAUUCUUCCUUUCUCUUCUUUCAUUCUUAUCUUUUCGGACAAUUUGUUUUAAUUUUCUUUACCCGCUCUUUUCUUCAUUUCUCUUUCUUUUUUUCUUUUUCUUUUUUUUGUUUUUUAUUCUCUGUUUUCUCUUUCAAAACUUUUUUUUUCCGUUUCCUGUACUUAUUCGUUCACCUUCAUACAUUCAAACUUUUCUUUUCCCAAUCCCAUUUUCUUUCAACGCGUCAUCAGCUAUUGUCACGGUGUCCCACGCAAUUUUCCUAAUCGAUUCCCUUGAACAAACAUUGUUGUUUAACGACCAACUCGGACUUUAUUGCUAUCGACCUGGUUCUUGUCGACGGUAG